CUCUCGGCGCGGAAGUCGGCUCCGGAGAGUCAUCGGCGUGAGCCCGCCGGCGAGCGGGAAGAUGGCGGGGAAGAAGAAUGUUCUUUCGUCGCUGGCAGUUUACGCGGAAGAUUCAGAGCCCGAGUCCGACGGCGAGGCGGGAGUGGAGACGGCGGGAAGUGCGACUGAGGAGAAGGGCGGGUUGGUGUCUGAAGCCUAUGGUGAGGAUGACUUUUCUCGUCUCGGGGGCGAUGAAGAAGGUUAUGAAGAAGAGGAGGAUGAGAACAGCAAGCAGUCAGAAGAUGAAGAUUCAGAGAGUGAAAAGCCUGAGGCCGAUGACCCGGAGGAUAACACGGAAGUAGAGAAGCGGGACCCCCAGGAGUUAGUGGCCUCCUUCUCUGAGCGAGUGCGGAACAUGGCACCUGACGAGAUCAAGAUCCCGCCGGAGCCCCCUGGCAGGUGUUCAAACCACUUACAAGACAAGAUCCAGAAGCUGUACGAGCGGAAGGUGAAGGAGGGCAUGGACAUGAACUACAUCAUCCAGAGGAAGAAGGAGUUCCGGAACCCCAGCAUCUACGAGAAGCUGAUCCAGUUCUGUGCGAUUGACGAGCUUGGCACCAACUACCCGAAGGAUAUGUUCGACCCCCACGGCUGGUCUGAGGAUUCCUACUAUGAGGCCUUGGCGAAAGCUCAGAAGAUCGAGAUGGACAAGUUGGAGAAGGCCAAAAAGGAGCGGACCAAAAUUGAGUUUGUGACGGGCACCAAGAAAGGCACCACGACCAAUGCCACAGCCCCAGCCACUGCCACGGCCAGCACCGCUGUUGCAGACGCCCAGAAGAGAAAGAGCAAGUGGGACUCAGCCAUCCCGGUGACGAGCAUCGCGCAGCCUACCAUCCUCACCACCACCGCCACACUGCCGGCCGUCGUCACCGUCACCACCAGCGCCAGCGGCUCCAAGACCACCGUCAUCUCAGCCGUGGGCACCAUUGUGAAGAAGGCCAAGCAGUGACCGGGCACCAGCCAGCAAGGCACAGACGUUCUCCCUCCCCGGGCGAGGGAC